AUGGCUGAGCUUUCCCAAUACAUCUCUGACUUUGGCCGGCCACUCUCCAUCCUGUGUGACAAUGCCUUGGAGUUCACGGGACGAGAACUAAGAACCUGGGCUGGUCUUCAUGGGAUAGAACUGCUCUACACCACUCCCUAUCACCCCCAGUCAAACGGACUCAUCGAGAGAAUGCACCGGACCCUGAAGACCGUGCUGUCCCAAAUGUGCAAGGGUUACCCUUUAAGGUGGCCUGCCCUUCUCAGUGAAUGUCAGUCACACAUGAAUCUGGCAGUACAUAGCAGCACGGGGGUCUCUCCAUAUGUAGCAUUCUUCGCAAGACAGCCACCUCGUUUGGUCACGGCGCCUCUCCUGACGGUGCAGUCUGAAGAUAGUGACGUUCAGCAACUUAAGCGCAUGAUUAAAGACGCUAGUGUGACGUCACAGAGGAGGUACCGUGCAGUGGCGAACAGAAAACGACGUGAUGAAAAGGUCUCAGUUGGGUCCUUGGUGUGGGUGAAAUCAGAAACUCCGUUGCCUGGUACCUCUACCAAAUUGAAUGCUAAGUGGAAAGGACCAUAUCGAGUGAGUGAGGUAAUCAGGGACGGUCAACUGUAUGUAGUGGAGGACCCCUAUUCUGGGAAGUUAGUACAAAGAGCAGCAGAAAAGGUGAAACCGUAUGUGAGCCGGAGUGAAAUUAUUCCGGAGUUGGAGGAGAACUAUUCAGACGGAUGUGUUGAGGAGGAGGAGGAGGAGGAUCAAGACCUCCCUCCACGCCGCCGUCGACCUCCCAGACGUCUUAUUGAGGAGUGCUAA